AAGAACCCUGGCUCAGCAAAGGAGGUACAAACAACCCAAGUUAAAUAACAUCUCCCAGCGUGUGGCACGGACAACACGGACUGCCCCCCAUCUGGAGGAAGCCUGGCAGCUGAGCAGACGGUGGCAACGCUUCCUGUGAGCACUCAGAGCCUGACGUGAGGCUGCUGAGCUGACGGUGUUGUGUUUAACUGGUGGAUGAGGUGGGUUCCUGAUACAGCAGAGGAGCAGAGAGGAAAUGCUGGAUCAAGGUCCCAGCAGCCCAUCCUGUCUGCAGGCAGCCGAACAGCUCCAGCAUCCAUCCCUUCCCGUGGCCCCUGGCGUGGCAGCGUAGUGUGGGAGAUGGCUGGGCUGUGGUAGGAUGAGCCCUGCCCUGCUCCUGCUGCUGUCCCUGGCCAGCUGCUCCCUGCUCCAGGGGAUGCUGCUGAGGCCACGGGACGUGAGGCUGGAGGCACAGAACUUCCACGUCCGGGUGCACUGGAAGCCAGACCCCAGCUCCCCCAGCUAUGCCACCUAUGAGGUGGAGUGGAGGAACAGAACCUCAAGCUGGAUCAAGGCAGGUGCCUGUCCGGGGAACAGCAGCUCCUGGGUGUGUGAGCUGUAUUUUGACAGCAUUUAUGAUAUCUACUGGGCACGGGUGAGAGUGGUGGCUGGAGGAGAGCAGUCCGAGUGGGCCGGUUCCAGUGAGCUGCAGCUGUACAGAGACACAAUUGUUGGCCCCCCUAAGUUGUCCUGGCUGCUCCAGGAUCAAAUCCUCAGCGUAAACAUCAUCACACCACUCACGCCCUACCAGAGAAGAACUGGCUCCUACAAGCCAGUACACCGAGUGCUGCGGAAGCUGUUGUACUGGCUGCACCUGUACGAGGGGGAGCUGCUUGUCCAGCAGGUGUCCUGCAAACGGAGCAGCGAGGGAGAGCCUUGCACCCUGGGGCACCUGAAGCCCAACACCCAGUACUGUGUGCGCACGGUGGCCACAGGCAUUGCCAGGGAGCGGAGCCGGGAGGCUGAGCAGUGCCUGGUGACUCCAGCCAGCCCUGCAGGCUUUCCAUGGGUCAUUGCCAUGCUGAGUGCCUUCUUCCUGCUGCUGCUAUUAAGUGUGGCUGGGCUGUGCUUCAUGCAGCUGCAAGUCUUUCCCAAUCCUCCUGAGACACGCCUCCCAGAAGCACUGGCUCUCGAGAACAGUGAGCUGAACAUGGCCAGGCAGGUGCUUCCCCUCCAGCUUGAGGAGGACCCACUGGCCUUGCUCCUGCAGACUGUGCUCCCUUCCCACAGGCCACCCACGGCUGGACAGGCAUCAGCCACGGUCCCACAGCUCCUCCGAGGCCUUGCUCAGGAUGUGAGUGGCUACUGUGCCAACGGGUUUGGCCCAGACUGCCCUGAGGUAAGGGACCCAUCCUGCACCCACAGCCUGCUGGGGCACACCUUGGGUUCCCAGGUCCCCUCACAGCUGGAGAAGGAUGGGGAGGCAGGUGAUGGGGAUGAUUUGCCAGAGCAGCUGGUGCUAGUGGAACUGACUGGAAACAGCUAUAUCGGCGAUAGGGACAGCCAGAUACCUGAGCUAUGGCUCCCCCUGCACCUCCAGCUUUAUUCUAAAUGCCAGUGCCCAGUCCUGGGAGCAGGCAGCCACCUUCCUCCGCCCAUGCCAAGCAGAAGCUGCAGCCAGGAGUACCUGCAGGAGAGCCUGGGCACAGCUGGGCACUGGAUUCAGCUCAGCUCCGUGAAGCUUCCCAGUGCAGAGGAGGAGGGAGGGCAGCUCCCCUGUGCUGCCCAAGCCCUGCUUGGCAGGGGGACUGAGCCAGAGCCAGGGGACAGCAGCGUGCAGCGAGGCUGCUCGGGGCAGGCAGAGCCGUGCGUUCCCUGCCCGCUGCCCCCUUUGCCCUGCAGCACCCUGUGGCCAGCUACCUUCUCUGGCUAUGAGCCACGGGCCCCUGUGGCAGCGAGCCAUGGUGAGUGGGGCACCCUGGCGGCCCCCAGCUCCCAGCACAGCCCAGGACACCUCCGGGAGCUCCCUGGCCACGGCAGCUCCCUGUCUCAGCCUGCUGCUGCCAGGCUGGGAAUGGGACCAAGGCAGGCUCCCACGGGCGGGCAGAGGCGAAUUCCAGGCAUGGCCAAGGAUGGGCAGGACCCAGAGUUUUCCUCUGGGGGUUUGGUGCUCUUGAGACACAGCUUAAGGAGCAUGGACCAAAGCUGAACUCUCAAAAGUCUUACCUAUUUAUCUGUCUGUGUGUGGGCAUGUGUGGUACAGUAUCUAUACUAUAUACCUCUAUAUUUAUAAAGCUCUUUAAUGAAAAAAUGUUAGGGUUUUUACUUCUGUGGAAAUGUUGA